CCAAGAUUUACUCCACGGAACCAAACUAAAUAGUUGCCUGGCGGAGAGAAGAAGCCUAGACUCUGAAGGGCAGCUCUGGACCAGUUCUUUUGAUACGGAGCUGUGGGCGUCGCGGAGGCGCGCUUGCUUCUGGGAGUUGUAGUCCCCGUGCGCUGGCCAGCUCCGCAGCGGCGCCGAGUCCGCGGGCCGGGGACUUCAGCUCCCAGGAGUCUUCGCGAUGUCUGGCGCCCCCCAGUCCCACUCUCGCUAGUCUGUCAGGGCGGUGGGUUUUGAUGACCUUCUUGGACAUUUACUUUGAAGAAUGCCCAGGGGAAAUCGGCAGUCUUUCUCCUGCGCUUCAGGCGUCCCCCUUGCCCUUCAGUUCCUAGAAUGUUCAGGAAACAUUUCCUCAGACUCCAUUCACCCAACUCUGCCUUGCAGUGGCUAGUGGCCGUGAUAAAAUCUCGGGGUGAACUAGAGCCCACGGUUUUCUUCCAGGUCCUGCAGUCCCGAUCCGGCGAUUAGGGUUGACAGUGCGUAGCUAGCAAGGGGUAUGGGUGCUUCAGUGGCCUGGAGACGUCUCUGCGGGGUGCGGGACGGGAGCUCCUUUUGUUUUGGUUACGGCUCCGAGGUUUGGUAGCUGCCGUCUGGAUCGGGGACAGGGCAGGAGUCGAGGCUCCUCUUCCCCUAAAUCAGAAGCUGAUUACCUGGAAGCCUUAAAUUCUUGAGGGAGGAGUGGGUCGGUAGUUACAAGAGGUCUGUUAACCUUUUGGAAUAGUGUUAGAAGGCUAGGUGCACUUUUCUGGGUUACCACACAGCUUUCGUCAGAUUUUCGGAGGCGCUCCCGACCCCUCACAUGCUAAGCACCAUUAAAAGAUCGAAAAACGUUGAAGCUCACCAAAGAGCAAUCUCGCCUAAUUAUUUCCCGCAACAGCCCUAAUCUGGGUAUAAAUUUGAAAUUGGCAGUUCCUAAGGCCCCGCCCCCUCUGCUAGCUGUUUUUCCGAAAUCUCACCUCUCUCACUCACCGAGGCAAUUUAACAAUAACAGCAGUUAACAUUUGUAGAGCCACUUUUUAUGAUUCAAAUGAUGUUUUGAGUAUUUUUCCUUUUUUCUCUUUUUAUAUUAUUUCAUUUUUCUGUUUAGAACUUCUAUAGUAUAAGGCAGGUCUUACCAUCAUCCGGGUUGUACAGAGUACAAAAGUGAGCUCAAAAGAGAACAGUAACUUGCCCAGGAUUACUGCAAUGGCUAAGUGGUGGAGCCAUUAUCUGAACGUCUGUUAAUGUUAACUGAAGUGCUUUAUUGAGUGCUGUGUGCCAAGAUCCUCAUUAAGUGCUGUUAUAUGGUAUCUCUUCUAAGCCUCACAUCAAUCUAGUGAAAUAGGAUCAGUGGUCAAUUGGUCAGGGCAAGGACUACAGAAAUUGGGUCCAAACUUACCAUGUGAAACUGACAUUCACACCUUGAUUCUGGACAAAAAUCAGAUUAUUAAAUUGGAAAAUCUGGAAAAAUGCAAACAAUUAAUACAGUUGUCAGUGGCUAAUAAUAGGCUGGUGCGGAUGAUGGGUGUGGCCAGACUUACCCAACUCUGUGUAUUAAAUUUGCCUCAUAAUAGUAUUGGCUAUGUGGAAGGGCUAAAGGAACUAGUGCAUUUGGAAUGGCUGAAUUUGGCAGGAAAUAAUCUCAAGGCAAUGGAACAAAUCAACAGCUGCACAGCUCUACAGCACCUAGAUUUAUCAGAUAAUAACAUACACCAGAUAGGUGAUCUAUCUAAAUUGAUAUCCUUGAAGACUCUGCUUUUACAUGGAAACAUCAUUACUUCUCUUAGAAUGGCACCUGCUUAUCUACCCAGAAGUCUUGCUAUACUUUCUUUGGCAGAAAAUGAAAUUCGAGACUUAAAUGAGGUUUCUUUUUUGGCAUCCUUAACUGAAUUGGAACAGUUAUCAAUCAUGAAUAAUCCUUGUGUGAUGGCAACACCAUCCAUUCCAGGGUUCGACUAUCGGCCAUAUAUCGUCAGCUGGUGCUUAAAUCUCAGAGUCUUAGAUGGAUAUGUUAUUUCUCAGAAGGAAAGUUUGAAAGCUGAAUGGCUGUAUAGUCAAGGCAAGGGGAGAGCGUAUCGACCUGGCCAACACAUCCAGCUUGUCCAGUAUCUGGCUACAGUUUGUCCUCUCACUUCUAUACUGGGCCUUCAAACUGCAGAGGAUGCCAAACUAGAGAAGAUUCUGAGCAAACAGCGGUUUCACCAGAGGCAGUUGAUGAGCCAAAGCCAAAAUGAAGAGUUGUCUUCUCUUGUUCCUAUUGAAAAAAAUCCUCCCCUUGUACCUGAGCGUUCAAGCCCUGUUCAGGAUUGCCUCAUAGUCCAGGAAAGUGAACCUGUUGUCCAGGUCAAUUCUUGGGUUGGGAUAAGCAAUAAUGAUGACAAAUUACAUGCUGCCAAGAAUAACUUUCCAGCCUCUGCACACACUACAAGACAUUCUCGAAAUGACCUGCACCUGGAAGACAUACAGACAGACGAGGACAAGUUAAACUGUAGUCUUCUCUCUUCAGAAUCUACUUUUAUGCCAGUUGCAUCAGGACUGUCUCCAGUAUCACCUACAGUUGAACUGAGGCUUCAGGGCAUAAACUUGGGCCUAGAAGAUGCUGGUGUUGUGGAUGAAUCUUUGAAAGGGCUGGAAAUCCAGGACUUUGAUAAGGAAGAGGAAAAGGCUUUAUGGGAUAUAAAUGAGAAUUCUGUUCAGCUAUUGAAAAGUAAGAUCAGUACAGAGGUAAAUGAGAAAAGUGGGCUAUUAUCUUGUCCUGAGCCAACGAUAAUUAGUGCUGUCUCAAAGGAUGAUAACCACAGUCUUACAUGUUUUCCUGAGUCAGCUGGACACAGUGUCUCUCAUACAGAGCCAGAUAGUGAAGAAACCAUGUCUCAAACAACUUCAGAGAAACUUCCUUGCAGGAUUUUAACUCAGAGAUCUGUUGCUUUGGGACAAGAUAAAGUUUCUCUUCAGAAAUUGAAUGAAGCAGCCACCAAACUUCAGGCCUGUUGGCGAGGCUUUUAUGCUAGGAGCUACAACCCUCAAGCCAAAGAGCUGCGUUAUGAAAUCCGGCUACGAAGAAUGCAGGAGCACAUUGUUUGCUUAACUGAUGAAGUAAGGAGAUUAAGAAAAGAAAGAGAUGAAGAACGUGUUAAAAAAGUUGUACAAGAAGAGGCUGUCAGAUUUCUUUGGAACCAGGUAAGAUCUCUACAAGCUUGGCAACAGACAGUGGACCAGCGUCUAAUUUCCUGGCAUACUGAUGUUCCUCCUGUAUCAAGUACCCUGGUGCCAGCUGAACCUCCUUUAUUCACCCAAAGUCAGGAGCCUUCUCCUGAUCAAAAUUCUAAUUGGUUCAUUGCUUAUGAUGAAGCUCUUCAAGAUAAAUUCUUACCAGAAUUUCCAGACUCUGGCUUUCAUUCUACCCUAACAGAAGAUGUUCAUUGUUUGAAGGAUUCCUUGGAUUUUGAAAAAAGUUCCACAGAAGGCAGUGAAAGCUCCAUAAUGGGAAAUUCCAUUGACACAGUCAAAUAUGGCAAAGAGCCAGAUCUGGGGGAUGUUAGUGAAGAACACAGUGGUGACUGGGAUAAGGAAAACUCAGCCAAUGAGCAGGAUAACAAUCUGCUUGAACAGUACUUAACUUCAGUUCAGCAGCUAGAAGAUGCCGAUGAGAGGACUAAUUUUGAUGCAGUGACAGGAGAUAGUGAGCUUUGCUUAGCUUGUUCCCUGGAAAAGUUAGAUACCUUGUCUGACAGGGCUUCUGUAGAUGAGACUCAUGGCAUAUCUCCUACUUUGCAAGAUGAAAUCAGGCAGACACCAGAGAGUUAUAAGUUAAAUGCAGAAGUUCAAGGGCAGCAGCCAGAAUGUGAUUCUACAUUUCAGGUACUGCAUGUUGGUGUCACUGUGUAGUUUGCCUGGUUUCUUGGGAAGCAGCAGUCCAUUUAAUUUUCUUAAGAAUGUUUUUUUUCUUGCCUUUUUGCAAAGGGGUGCAAACUCCUUUCACUUUGUUACUAUUUAUAUAAAAUUUGUAUUCUUAUCUCAUAUUUUUCCGAUUCUAGAUAUUCAACUUUUUAGCUAUAAUGCACUAUACUCUUUAUGUUGAAAGUUAUAUAUAUCUUAUUCCUUUUUUUGUUUUUUGUACCGGGGAUCGAACUCGGGACCUUGCGCUUGCAAGGCAGGCAGCAGAACCAAUGAGCUAAAUCCUUGGCCCUGUAUCUUAUUUCUUAACACUUGGAUCAACAAUAAUUCUCUAUUGUAUCAACAAUUGCAUCAACAAUGAUUCAUUUCUUUUAAAAAAUAAAGUAGAACAUUGUUGGGGAACCUGUGGCAUAUGUUGUUUUUCUUUUAAGAAAAGAUGUUAAUAUAUGAGUGUUUUUUCUAAACUAAAACCUCAGUAUUCAAGUUUUUUUUUUUUUUUUGUUACCUGGGCUUGAACUCGGGACCUUGUGCUUGUGAGGCAGGCAUGGUGCCACUGAGCUAAAUCUCCGGCCCAAGGAAUGCAAUUUUUAAAAACAAAUAUAAAUGAAAAUAUGAAGAUUCUGAACUAUUGAAAUUUGCCAGACAGUCUCAUUGGAGUAAGAAGGUGUUUUCUUAAGCCUUCCUCUGAGCCAAGAAAGUAAGCAAAUUAAAGAAGAAACAGUGUAAGAUACCUUUUUAUGUUUUUCCUUUGGGUGCUGGAGAUUGAACCCAGGGCUUCAAGCAUGCUAAGCACAUACUCUACCACUAAGCUCUUUCCUCAGCCCGUAGAUGAUAGGAUUCUUAGUGGGGGUGAUUAAAUUAUCGCAUGAAAAACAUUCGUCAAUGUCAUGCAUCUGUUUUAACAUACAAAAUAAAAUAUUCCAUUUAAGAUUAAAAUCAAGCUACUUGGGCAUGAAAGAACAUUUCUCUUUGAUAUGAAAAAAGGAGAUGCUAGGCUCCAUUCACUUGGAAUAUUGCCAUGGUAAAUGUAUAUCUUUACAUUAAAUGUUUUUACUUUAUAGAUAAGCAUAUAUGUGCCAGUGUACUGCCAGAAGUUAAUGUAUGUUCAUCUUCAGUGUUUAUAUUUCAAUAUGUAUUUCAGCAGAAGGUUCAAGACUAUUCACUUCACUUUUGACCUCUGCCAUGUAAGUCAAGAACAUUUAAAAUAAUACUAGUAGUAGAAUAUGAUUUGUUUUAAUCUACUCUUUGGAAAGUGCCACCUUUGAAGACAAUUUAAUAAUAAUUACGUAAAAGUAAACCCAUUUUACUUCUUAGAAAGACUAUAUACCUGUAACUUGAGGAAGAAAUAUGAUUGUGUCUUUGAAUGCUGUAGGUGGAUACAUUUGUAAAUCAAGAGUAAUUUUUCUGGGCUGGGGAUUUAGCUCAGUGGUUCCGCCGUCUGCCCUCGCAAGCACAAGGUCCUGAGUUUGAUCCCUGGUACUAAAAAAAAAAAAAAUGUAAUUUUUCCAAGUUUGGUAUUUUAAUCUUUUAGAAUGUUCUAAGAUUGAUGGAUAACACUUAUCUGAUUUUCCCCAAACUACGGAAAUGUACCUAUUUAAAACUAUGGCAAUACUUAGUAUUCUCUCAGUUUGGGUGCUAAAUGUUUCUUAAUUAUUUUCUUAAGAGUCAGUAGUUCUCCUUCCUUGAAAGUAUAUGAAAUAAACAAUUCUGAUUCUUCAAGAAUAAAGUUGAAGGGGCCGGGGAUGGUGCAAGGUCUUGAGUUCGAUCCCUGGUACAGGGAAAAAAAAAAAAAAAGAAUAAAGUUGAAGAUGACACAGUACACUUUGUUAAUAGUUAGAAAUGUUCCUUUAGUAUGGUCCUUUAUAUUUUUCUGUUUAUAAAUGUGUAGCACUCAGGUAGAGAAGACUUGGAUUUCUUUCCUAGAAAUCCAGAAUCCUUUAAAGAAGAAAUGUUUUCUGUUAUAAACAAAACAGAAGUCUUACCUUCAAAAGAAUUUUCCCUAGUGAAACGUGUAACAUUGACUGCAUGUUAAAUAAAAAUUAAAUUGCUUAGGUUUUGAAAAAUAAUUAUCUUUUGUGAAUGAUUUUGAAUCUCUUUUAAAUAUACCCUAUUUUUCUAUAUUACAGUUAAGUGCCUCCUUUGCUGCCCAUGGUUAGAUAAAGAGAAACCAAUUUACACUGACCUAGCACCUAAAUACUGCUUCAUGGUACAUAAUUUUUCACAAAAGAUGCUGACUGUCAUGUUUCAGUAUUACCUAAGUAGGUUUUUAAAAACAUCUUCCUCUUCUCUUUUUUAAAAGUAAUGGCAAAUACAACUACAUUCAUUUAAUUAUAAGCAUGUCAGCAGGGUUUCCUUUUUUUACCUUUGGCUUGUUUUUGUAGUCCAUAAAUAGUGUUCAGAAUACUUUUAUUGCUAGUGUUUAGGAGUACAAGAAUAGAGUAUCUUUUUUGAUGGGGGAUAGAGUAUCUUGAAUGUAGACAGAAUGGAAGUAAUAUAAUUUAGAAUGUAGAAAAAUUGAGACAUAGACUUCAUAUAUUUUAGUGGGUUUAUAGUGUAAUUUAAAAGUAAUUCAUGUAACUAAGAUAUUUGGUUUUAACUCUGGGCUAUUUUUUAGUUUGGCCAAAGAGAGAAUUGGUCUGAUAAGUUUUGGACAAGUUAAGCUUUGAACAUGGUCUUUUGUGGCUCCCCCCCUUUUUAAAUUUCUCCCCCCCCUUAUGUCAGACAGGUGGCUUUUUUAAGCCAGAGAUUUUGUUCAGUUGAACUAUUUUAAUUCACAUCAGCGAUUUUGAUUUAGAGAACAGUUAUAAUAAUAUUUGUAUGUGCAUAUAUUGUGUAAAAUUUUCUCAUGAAAUGCUGAACUUGAUUAUAUUUUAUCUUCAGUUUUACAUAAUAAUAGAUGUUAAAGUUUCAACUCUCUUGGUGUACAGAAAGCUUUAAUCAUGACAAUUAAUAAUAUUCAAUUAGUUUCAUAUUAUAAGUUUAAUUAUAAAAGAUAUGCCCGGUGUGGUGGCACAUGCUUGUAAUCCCAGCACUCAGGAGGCUGAGGCAGGAGAAUUAUUGUGAGUUUGAGGCCAGCCUAGGCUACAUUGUGAGUUCAAGUCCAGCCUGCACUACAUAGCAAGACCCUGUCUCAAAAAAAAAAAAAUAAAUAAAAGAUAUCACAAUAUGCAUGUUUUAGGAAAAUAUCUAUGUAGCCACAUAGUUGUUUUGUAUAUAUGUAAAUAACUUUAUUUUUUAAUAAUGUGGAUGCCAUUCUUAAGCGUGUGUUUUUUCUCUGUUUUGGAUUAUUUUAAAUAUAUAAACACUAUAAUAGGGUAUUUUCCUGUUAUCUAUUUAAGACAAGUCUGGUUGUAUUUUUUAUAAAUGUUUGCAGGAAUAUACAAGUUUUACAUAUUAUACUAUCUCCCUUAGUACUUAUUUUUUAUGAUCUUAAAAUUGGAUUUAUAACAUUAAAAAUGAAAAAGCUUUUUCUGGAGAAUUAAGACAAUAAAAAGAGAAAAUAUAGAAUGAGUCUGAUCGGUUUCCCAUUUAUAAAGAAAAAAGACUUCAUUGUUUAAUGUAUAUUCUUAUUUUUCUAACCCCUUAUUAAAAGGCAUUUAUUGUAUUGUAAUGUUUUAAAACUUAAAUAUAUGAUACUCUCAUUUUGAAAUGAAGCAGAAACUCUAAGCAACAUUCUAAACUUUUUUUUUUUUUUUGAUUUGAGGUCUCACUAUAUUGCCCAGGCUGGCCUUGAACUUAUGGGCUCAUGCAGUCCUCCUGCCUCAGCCUCCAGAGUAGCUGGAACUAUAGGCAUCUACACGUUUUUUUUCUUUUGGUGGUACUGGGGACCCUGGCCAUUUACACUGAGCUACAUCUCUAAACCUUCUUUUAUUUUUAAUUUUGAGACAAGGUCAGGCUGGGCUUGAACUUGACAUCCUUCUGUCUCAGCCUCUCAGAGUGCUGGGAUUACAGGUGUGUGCCACCAUGCCUAACUUGCAUCUAAACACUUUUAAUGAUAUUACCUUCACUGAUCAAUCCUGUUGUGCCAUAUUAAAAUUACAACACAGGUGAACAAAGCAGCCUUGGAGAAAAAUGGAUUUUGUUUUUAUUUUUAAUUUUUAUUUAUUUAUUUUUGAUACUGGGGAUCAAACUCGGGACCUUGUGUUUUCGAGGCAGGCAGCGGAACCACUGAGCUAAAUCCCCGGCCCCUGGAUUUUGUUUUUAAAUGAGUUGCUUUUCAAUCUGUGAAUGAAUGAAAAUCACACUAAAUUUUAAUUUUUAUUGAUUUUAGUAGAUAACAGGAAUCACUCUCUAGUGACUUUGUUUAUGAGUACAUAAAUUCAAGUGUUUUAAUUUUAAAAAAUUUUAAUUUUAAUUUUUUUUUGUUUAAUUUUUUUGUGGUGUUGAGGGUGGAACUGAGGGCUUGGCUCAUGCUAGGCCUGUGCUGUACCCCUGACCUACACCCUCAGCACCAUGUUUUAUAAUACUUUUAGUGUUGACAAUAAGACUUUUAAAAUAAUUUGGUUUUGGACUAUUUUUAGAUUUUAAUUUUAUUAUAGAAAUAAUGGUGAUUUAAAGUGGUUAUAUUCUGUUGUGUGAAAGCUUAAUAUUUUAUAUUAUACUUAUUUAAUUUGUAUUUGAGUCUAAUGUUAAAUAAAAGGUUUAUGCAUUUGAA